GAACUAACUUCGAAACCCACUCAAACUUCGAGACUCAGUCAUUAAAGUGGGCUCAUUCUCGAACUUACAUACAAAAGCCUCCAGCAGUAAAUUGCCAUCUAAUCACGUCAUGGCAAAUACAGCUACAGCAGACGAGAGACCUUCUUUUACCGAGUUUCUCAAAAAGACGAAGCAGAAGGUCGCUGGAACGCCAUGUGAGGGCCCUGACUGUGCCACGCCCCAGCGGAGGGGGAGGAAGAGUAGAGGCAGCGUUGGGGUGAGCAGUGAGUCACCCGAAAACAGUAGUGAGACUUCACCCCAGAAAUCUCGCAAGUCUCUUACUGCAACUGAGAAAGCAAAGUUGCGCCGGACCCAGGUUCGACGGGCUCAGAUCCAGCAUCGCCAACGCAAAGCAGAAUAUCAGAAGCAACUCGAGCUCGACAUUACUCACUUCCGUGAACUCAUCGCCUUGACGGAAUUUGAGUCUGAACAACUCAAAAAGGACAAUGACUCUAUCAAAGAACUAUUAACGAAUAAAGGCAUCGCUAUCCCAAGAUGCAAGUCUGGUACCUGCUCUAUACGUCCCCGUCUCACGAAAGACGUGGUUACUGGCGACAAUGAUGCUUGGGUCGAUGACACGCUGGGCGUGAAGUUGAGGGCCGAGGAUCCUAGUUUUCAAGAAUACGAUCAAGAUGGCGGAGAGAUAUUUGCCGAUAUCAACGUCGACGACAUUAUUGUUACUCUCAAGAAGGAUGAAUCGAUGGAGACGCCAGCUUUCAGUAUCCGAUCAAACGAAUCGAGCAGCAACGCUACGAGUUCGCCACCGCCUCUACCCGACCUCAACCUGACCCCUGAUGAGGAGCAAAAGGCUGUUAACUUUAUCCUCUCACUUGAGCAUAUCUGUUGGGAUCACUUCUUCGUUGGUGAUUUUCCAUCUCACUCUCACCUCUCCAACGACGAACCCAAAGGCCACUGCCUCAUGGCAUCUUCACUCUGCAUGGCCAAUGCACCUUUGGAUGUAUUUGGUGACCGCAAGUUAGUCUCUUCAGCAUCAUCUUGCCACAAUCGUCGUUCUCUCGGCUUGGAUCCUUACGUACCUCCCGUGCAUCUGGAGUGGCCAUCGCCCCGAAUAUCGUUAUCUUCCCUUUAUGGCCUAGCACAGAGUCUCAACCCCGGCGACUUGGAGAUCACGCCUGUGCAAGCCUGGUUCGAGCUAGCGUCACGCUUCGACAAGAGUCUUCUGCUAGAAAGACUAGACUUACUAGGCACGGAACUUGUUGGCGUGUCUAAGUGUCUGGAGUUCGGGGCUGUUAUGGAGAAAGAUGCUUUCGAGAGUGUUGUUGCGAGGGUGUACGGGGGUACUCUUGAAGAAGCUAUGGCUGCCGCUGCGAUUAUUGAUCCACACAUGGGUAGUGUUUGCGAUAUUUCUCGCAUGAGGAAUUUUCAGGCUAACCUUCUCACGAACCAACUGGGCUUCGUGGGAUAUGCUCAGAGCUAAGGUGUUCCGUAGCCAGAGGCUGAAGUCUUUGUGUUGGGUUCGGGGUUUUCAUUUUCUUGUUUUCUCAUCUUUUCAAACGGCUGAACGGAGAUGAAGCCGAGCACUUCAAGGCGCAUUAUUGAGAUAUCUCGUUGUAGGUCUAGAGUAUCUCAGGGUUAGUUUUACGAGAUAUCACUUUGUACAGUGGCCGUCAAGGCUUCACAGGUUUUGAACCUACAUGCAUAUGCUUAGGACAAUUUAACUCUCUUUUUGGAUCUUGCUUUUUUCAACAGAU